GAAAUAAUUGCACGUACUUAGUUUUUAAUGGCAAAUUUCGUAAAUUGGCGUUUGUGUUUAAGUCUAUUAAGUUGUCCAUUGUCGUAAAAAGAAGGAACUAGAGCUUGCUAUGGACGUUUUUCCAUGAUGAUGACAUGAUUUUUAACUUAAAUUAUUACAUGCAUUCGAUUUUAAAGUCGUGGGUUAGGCUUUGUGUUGGCUGUUUUAAACACUUUGGCAAAAAUAGUGCUUGACGUUUAUUCAAAAAGAUACAAGGGUAAAAUGAAGGAAAUUGUAAACAAGAUCUACGAAUAUAUCUUCAAUGAUGACAUCACUUCCGUUAAACGUUGUAUCGAGGAUGAUGUCAUGGCCUGGAACACCCGUGCCGAAAAUGGAACUACACCUCUUAUGACCGCAGCGACGUUGAAUAGACUGGCGAUAGUAAACUUUCUGCUGACAUCGAAAUGUGACGUCAACGUAACGGACUUUAACGGAAACACUGCACUUCAUCUAGCAGUAGAUGAAGGCAAUUGUGAUGCUGCCAAGCUUCUCAUAGGAAGUGGACGAGUUAUCGUGGAUGCCGCCAACUUCAAAGGAGACACACCUCUGAUGAGGGCGGCCUACUAUGACUAUUGUGAAGCAGCCAGGAUACUGAUCUCGCAAGGCCAAGCUGAUUUGAAUAUACGUAACAAAUCUGAGCAGACAGCAUUGCUGAUAGCUCUUCAAGAAGGAAGCCGCAUGACGUCAGAGCUGAUUAUCAAAAGCGGAAGUGACGUCACGAUAUGCGACAAUCUUGGCAGAACUCCAUUUUAUAUGGCCAUUCAUAGUCCGUGUAUGAAGAGUUUGGACUGUGCAAGGACUUUAGUCGAAACAGGGUACGAUUUAAGCGUGGACAAGAUGUGGAUAAUCAAUGACGAAAAACACAACCUGUUCUAUCAAGACGACAACCUCUACACACACAUAAGAGGAAUCCUACGUAAACCAUCCUCAGGUGGAAAUAACAACAAACCAAGCGCCAUUACCAUACCAACGACGUCAACAUCUAGUUCCUGUGACAAUAAUCACAUAUCAGAAUCUAUACUGUCGCCAAAUGCUAGGACCUCAAUGUCUCCCCCGUAUUCCAUGUCUCCAACACUGAAAGAGAAAAUUAUGUCUCCCGAAACUCUCAAUUUCAUACCUAUACCUUUCAGUAAACUUGUAUCAGAGACCGGAAAAUCGCCAAACGCAUCAUCAAUAUCUCCGGUAUCUAGUCGAAGAAAUCUUUUCAAAGAGUCAAAAUCUGUGCUUUCUUGUAAAAGGCCUGAACUUGCGUCAUCGUUUUCUUCCGAUUCUGAUGACGUAGGAGAUGAGGCAUUGCAAAAAAAUCUUAAGUUAAAUAACUUACCAACCUAUCUUUGUGAACACAAUUUUUGUACAGAAUCCCUUAAAGACAAGAAUAUGCAAAAGGUAAACGGCGCGUGGUCUCCCGGUCCGAGACCGAAAUUCGUGAAAUCAGCGAGCGAUCGAGUCCAGUCUGCACCUUGCAGUCCAUUGUUAGGCAUCAAGCGGCAGAUGGGCGCACAGUCGGGAAAGUCCGAUUCCCUUGAGAUUGAAAGCUUCAUUGUAGAGGUGGAUGUUGGAUUUGUUGUAGAUGAAGAUGCAAUUAUCGAGGAUGCUGAAGUGCAGUGCUCGUGUAAAGUGCAGGGAGUGGACCUUGCUGGAACCGAGUCACUGCAAGCGCCCAUGAAAAAGCAAGACGCCCUGGAGAUGGGAACCACUGACUCUCAUGAGUUCCCCAUCUAG